CGCAGCGCCGCACGCGAGGGUUGGCGCGCGUCUGUGACGUCAGGAGGGCGGCCAGGCGCGGACGCGAACUCCCUGGCCUGCGGCGAUGCCCAAGCGGGGCUGCCCCUUCGGGGUCGCGGCCCCGCUGCAGCUCAAGGUCCGCGUGGGCUGGAAGGAGCUGGGCCGCGGCGUGUGCUCCGAGCGUUACUCGCGGGAGAUCUACGAGAAGACCAGGCAGCUCCUGUUCCGCGGGGCCAAGGCCUACAUGGACCACGCGUGGGAGGAAGGCUGCGCUGUGGUUGACCUGCCAGAGUCCCCGAAGCCGGGCCCCAUGGAGGCCCCUCGGGCCACACGUGGGCAGAUGCUGAUCGGACCAGACGGCCGACUGACCAGGAGGGGAGCCCAGGCCUUCGAAGCCGACGCGCCUGGGGCGGCGUGCCGGGCCUGCUCCUUGUGCGUGCGAGCGGUGGACGGACCGGCGGCCUGCGGCCAGUGUGAGCGCGCCCUGUGCGGGCACUGCGUGCGCACCUGCGGCAGCUGCGGGGCUGUGGCCUGCACCCUGUGCGCGCUCGUGGACUGCAGCGACGUCCACGAGAAAGUGCUCUGCGCCAGCUGUGCCGUGUUCGAGGCCUGAGGGCCGCGUGGACGUGGCCUCCCGGCAGGUGGCCGCCCGUGUCGACGCAGAGGGACCGGGGGGCAGCUUUCUGUGUGAUGUUUUGUACUGAUGACUGAAUAAAUCCUGUAUAUUUGGACGA